CCAGCGAGGCUCCCGAGCCACAUCUUGCCGCCGCUCGUUCGCCCUGCGGUCAGGGCCGCGCUGCGCUGUCGGGAGCCCUGGCCAUGGGGCGGUCCGCGCCUUCCGCGGUGUGAGGCGCGGGGCCUCCCGCGGCCUCCCCUGACGCGCGGAGGGCGGGCAGGCGGGAGGCGGCGUUACAGCUGCGGUCGCGGCCGCGGCUGCUGGCAUCAUGAACAUAGACGUGGAGUUCCACAUUCGCCACAACUACCCCUGGAGCAAACUGCCGGCCAACGUGAGGCAGAGUCUUGGAAAUUCACAGAGAGAAUAUGAAAAGCAGGUUGUACUGUACAGUAUCCGCAAUCAGUUACGGUACAGAAAUAACUUAGUUAAACAUGUCAAGAAAGAUGAGCGCAAAUAUUAUGAGGAGUUGCUUAGGUACAGUCGAGAGCAUCUCAUGCUGUACCCCUACCACUUGUCGGACAUUAUGGUGAAGGGCCUGAGGAUAACCCCAUUUUCUUAUUAUACUGGGAUUAUGGAGGACAUUAUGAACAGUGAGAAAAGUUACGAUUCAUUGCCCAAUUUUACUGCUGCUGACUGUCUAAGGCUUCUUGGCAUAGGAAGAAACCAGUACAUCGAUCUUAUGAAUCAGUGCAGAUCAUCGAAAAAAUUUUUCAGAAGGAAAACAGCCCGUGAUCUUCUACCAAUUAAGCCAGUGGAGAUUGCCAUAGAGGCGUGGUGGGUGGUCCAGGCUGGAUAUAUCACUGAAGAUGACAUCAAGAUAUGCACUUUGCCUGAGAAAUGCGCUAUUGAUAAGAUCAUCGAUUCAGGCCCUCAACUCUCUGGAUCACUAGAUUACAAUGUAGUACAUAGUUUAUAUAACAAAGGAUUUAUUUACCUGGAUGUACCAAUAUCUGAUGACAGUUGCAUAGCAGUUCCUCCUCUUGAAGGUUUUGUAAUGAAUCGAGUGCAAGGUGAUUAUUUUGAAACUCUGCUUUAUAAGAUAUUUGUUUCAAUAGAUGAGCAUACUAAUGUUGCGGAGCUUGCGAAUGUCCUUGAGAUAGACUUGUCCUUGGUUAAGAAUGCUGUUUCAAUGUAUUGUCGACUGGGCUUUGCACAUAAGAAGGGACAAGUGAUAAAUUUGGAUCAGCUUCAUUCAUCGUGGAAGAAUGUGCCAUCCGUAAACAGACUAAAGAGCACGUUAGACCCCCAAAAGAUGCUCUUGUCCUGGGAUGGCGGGGAAAGCAGGAGUCCUGUCCAAGAGGCUUCAUCAGCUACUGACACUGACACAAACAGUCAAGAAGACCCAGCUGACACAGCCAGUAUAAGCAGUUUGAGUCUCUCUACAGGAUAUACAAAACGUAUUGCAUUUCUGUUUGACUCAACACUUACUGCCUUUUUAAUGAUGGGAAAUCUUUCACCAAAUUUGAAAAGUCAUGCAGUCACGAUGUUCGAAGUCGGCAAACUGUCAGAUGAGUCCCUGGACAGCUUUCUUAUAGAACUAGAAAAGGUUCAGAACACUGGUGAAGGAGAAGCACAGAGAUAUUUUGAUCACGCGCUUACUCUGAGGAAUACAAUACUGUUUCUACGUCACAACAAAGACCUCGUUGCGCAAACUGCACAGCCAGACCAACCCAAUUACGGUUUUCCUCUGGAUCUCCUACGCUGUGAAAGCCUUCUUGGUUUAGACCCUGCCACCUGCAGCAGAGUUCUGAACAAGAAUUACACGCUGCUUGUCUCCAUGGCGCCUCUGACCAAUGAAAUCCGGCCCGUCAGCAGCUGCACCCCUCAGCAUAUUGGACCAGCUAUUCCGGAAGUUAGUUCUGUCUGGUUUAAACUGUACAUUUACCAUAUCACUGGACAAGGACCGCCAUCUCUCUUACUAUCCAAAGGUACAAGACUUCGAAAACUGCCAGAUAUAUUUCAGGGUUAUGAUCGGUUACUAAUAACAUCUUGGGGUCAUGAUCCUGGAGUAGUUCCUACAUCAAAUGUGCUUACAAUGUUGAAUGAUGCUUUAACACAUUCUGCAGUUUUAAUUCAGGGACAUGGUUUGCAUGGGGUAGGAGAAACUGUCCAUAUACCAUUUCCAUUUGAUGAAACAGAACUACAAGGAGAGUUCACUCGUGUCAGUAUGGGUGUUCAUAAAGCAUUGCAAAUAUUAAGGAACAAGGUGGACUUGCAGCAUUUCUGUGGCUACGUCACCAUGUUGAAUGCUUCUAGCCAACUUGCAAGUAGAAAACUCAGUGAUGCUUCUGAUGAGAGAGUAGAACCUGAUUUAGCUUCCGGCUCAGAUGUGAAUGGGAGUACAGAGUCGUUUGAAAUGGUCAUUGAGGAAGCAACUAUGGAUUCAGCCACAAAGCAAAACUCUGGUGUCACAACAGAGGCAGACUGGGUUCCUCUUGAACUAUGCUUUGGAAUUCCACUGUUCAGUUCGGAAUUAAACCGGAAAGUUUGUAGGAAAAUUGCAACACAUGGCCUUUGCAGAAAAGAAAGCCUUCAGAACCUCUUACAUUCCAGUAGGAAACUCUCUUUACAAGUCCUUAACUUCGUUCACUCAUUCCAGGAAGGUGCUUCAACAUUGGAUAUUCAGACAGAGCCCAGUUUUUCAAGUUUGAUUUCACAGUCAUCCUGUGGCGAUAUGGGAGUUCCACUUCCUGCAAAAAACUUAGUAUUUCAAGACGGCAUCUUAUCAGAAUGGAGUGGGCGGUCGCCUUCUUCACUUCUUGUUGCUAAUCUCCAUUUGCAAUAAUUUGGUUACACCAUUUGUUGCCCACACUUUCUGCCUUUUUUUCCUUCUUGACGUUAGCUUUAUAGUGUCAGCUACUAAAAAGCAUCCUGCUGCUACAGUGCGGUCCUUGCUUACCUGAGACUCAGAGUUUGGGGAACAUGUUCAUGUUUUCUGAAGUUUUGUUCAUUAUUGCACCUCUUGUUGCAACAAAGUGCUUUUUAGCAGCCAGCACUGUAUUUUUUACCUUGAGACAAUCUGCAUUUCUUUUAUAAAACUACAAAUAUACUUUAUAGGCUUUAUGAUGACUGUUAUGUUUAUAAGCAGUCACUAUGAAUAUUGCAAUGGUAAUUUUAUAUGUUAGUUUAUCAAACAUAAAUCUUGUUUAAUUUUAUAUUUUGUUACCUACAGUUUAUGGGAUCAAAGGAAGAGAUGGAACUCUUCCUCUGAAAAGGCUUCUUGGUACUCGUAGUAGUAAAACCAUAAAACAAUAAACAUCCAGUACUGAGAGAUGAGAUGACGGGGCAUUAAGAAUUCCUGUGGAUGUCUGUAAAUUAUGUAUGUCAGUUGACCAUUGUUGAAGAUACGUAAAUCAGGAUAGUCACGUAGAACAUAACCUUGGUUUCUGAGGUCUUAACUCAGAUGAUGACUGUUCGUUGACAUCUCAUGAGAAGCUUUGGAAAACAUUCUAUUUUUAAGCAGUGUUUAUAUGUGGACUUCUGUUGUCACUCACUUUGGGCUUUAUAUUUUCAUAGAGUCUUUAUGGAAAAAAUGGAAUUCAUUUUCCACUCUUAUAGCUGCAGCUGUUGCACAUUUUCAUCCUGAUUUGUUUGUAGUAUUACCAACGAAUUGUUAUAGAAAUUGAAUCUGAUGUUUUCAAACCAAGGAGUGUGAUUUUACAUAGAAUUACACAUUAGAAGCAUUAAGGCUGUGUCUUCGGAUCAGAACACUUUAGUGCAAAACCUACAUUGAAGACAUAUUCUUAAGCAGUCUGGAUCUUAAAGUUAUUUGGAUGAAAUGAUAAAGAAAAAUUGAAUUUCUUUCAAAGCAUUUCUUAAGUCAUUCAUUCUUUUAAUAUCUCAAAUGUUAAUUAGAAUAAUUGGAAUCACUUUUCGACUUGUCAAGUUACCUUCCUUGGGAAGUUUGUGCAGUGUUAUAGUUUAGCUCCUUUUGUAGGGUAAUGAUUUGCUAGUUUAAAAAUGUAACUAAACUAACUGAUCAAACAACAUUGUAUCUAAAAUACUAAAGCACUAAAAAAAUUGGGAAUGUUAUAACCUAACCAUUUUGGCUGGCAAUUUUUGUUAUUUAUAGAACUGAUAUUUGUGUAUUUAACAUACUUCUGGAAAUAUAUGCCUUUCUUAAAACUGUUAACAUAACCAUGCAUUCAACGGCCUGUCUGUAGAACUGAGUAUUUUAUACCAGGUUACCUGUGGCACAGUCAGUGCUGUGUUAGGGGUUGAAUACAGUAACGUUUAGUUUUCUACUUUAUCUCAUAUAAGGUAGAAACCAUGUGUAUGUUGUUUGUCUAUAAAAGGAGAAAUGCAUAUUAAUAUUAAAAUACUUUCUUAUGACUGUGAAUCACUCAUUUAUUUUUCCAAUAAUUGAUAUUGUACAUUCCUAGUGCUCUUAGGUAUGUAUGUAUGUAUGUAUGUAUGUAACUUUUAUAGGUCUUCAACUGAAAGUUGUAAUUAUUUCUUUUGAUCAGGGCCCUAUAAUCUCAUUUUAAUUUGUUUUAUUUGAGUUAACCGUAGUUUAUUUAUUCUUGUAUUAACAGUAUAAGCCAACUGUAAUGAUAUGCCCACUAAUAAAGAGUUGAACAUUGGUAGUUGUUGGCAGUAAACCUAGUUGUUGGUGAGUUUAAAGCUUAAAACACAAGAGUGAUUUGCUGCUAUAUUUCCUUUGAGAGGUAAUAGAAUAAGAAGCUGAACCUGACCCUGAUCAUGGAUUUUAGGGAAAGUGCUUAGAAAACAGAAGGUCACCCCUGGUGUCUGGUGCUGAAUGACGAUACAGUGAUCAUCCGAUUCCCAGCUGGAGCCCCCUGUGCUCUUAAGGAGGGGGAGUCUGCAUUUCUAGAGCUAUUAGCAAAGUGGGAAAAGCUAAUGUUUGUGCUUUGCUUUAUGAAUUUGGCUUUGUUGCCUCCAUAUAUUAACUCGUGUAAAGGAUUCAUCCCUUACUUCCAAGUGUUGAUCCAAUCCAACAAAAACAUAAAUUUAAGGUAUAGACUGUUAUUUGCCAAAGAUUAUUCAUGAAAAAAAAUUUGCCAGUGUUUAAUUUCAUUUGGCUUUGGGCUGCCUCCCCUGCUUUCUUCCCUCACCUCCUAAAACAGCUUAAACCAUGGCAAACAUUAUUAAGUAAUCAAGAAGAAAAAAAUUAUCAAAAAGGGCAUACUUAUAGAUUCUAGUAUGGUACAAUUUCACCUCUCAAAUAAGUCUAAAGAAAUUCAACUUUUAUAUCAUUAAAAAAUAGGAUCAUCUGAUAUCUUUCAUUUAUUUGCUUCUUUCUUUUGUUUAAUAUGUAAUCAGAUGAUUUUGUAUUUGUUUUUUGUGGGCAUAUUGGUUUCUUUUAUGUGAUAUUUUCAGUUUCUCUGCCAUUUGUGUUUCUUUUUUAUGUUUAAUGUUUCAAAUACAGUUCGAAUUAAAAGAUUUUAAAGUACCAAAACUGUAAUGAGUACAGUGGAUUGUUUUCUGAUAUGUUCAUAUUAUACAAUGAAAUGUAUAAAGUGUUGUCAAUUUGAUUAUUGACACAUAUAACAUGUU